AUGAAUGUUGACACGCUGAUGGGUGAUUUUCAUCUCUUCGAUAAGCGAAAAGAGGGCAAUUCACUGUUAUGUCGCAUUCAAGGCUUUUUGUAUUAUGUAUUCGGCGCAUCAGUGUUUUAUACACUCGCUCUUCAAGCGUUUUUUCGUUUCACACGUGUUGUCUAUUCUCGAAAGAUCAUUUUUCAACGUUGUGGAACACAACUCAUAUUGGUUGGACUCGGCUGGUUUUUUUCAUUUCUACCUACCGUAUUAUCAGUACUCUCAUCGAGAUCCAUAGUCUUUUUAGCUUCAGAACACUAUUGUUCACUGGACGCUGAUGCAAAGCCAUUAGCAACAUUGAUCAUAUUUUCAUGUAACUAUACAUUGCCCAUCUCAUUUUUAUGUAUAUUGUACACACGUGUCAUUAUCUUCAUACGUCAAUCAACUGAACGUAUGGCUCUUGCUGCACGACAACAGAUGAAAAGGGAUGUAAUUGUUUUGCGUCGAAUUAUCCUAGUUGUCACUAUUCUUGUUGUUCUUGGAGCACCGGGACCUAUUUUUAUCAUCAUGCGAUUUAUCAAUGGUCAACUUCAUCCACUCGCCUAUCGCAUUACGUGGUUAACAGGUUUGACUGGUAUCCUUUUUCUCUCAGUUGCACUCUGCAUUAUAACACCACAAAUGAAAAUACUUUUAAUGACAAUGACAGUACGUCGAAUUAGAGUGGCAGCACUAACGACUGGAUACCCAUUUUAA